AUGGAUCCCGUUUCAAUAAUCGGCCUCCUCGAAACAACAGCCAACGUCGUCGCAAUUCUCAUCUCAUUGGCCGAAAAAUUCAAGAAAGCCCCAAGUGCCCUCGCACGAGUGACAAGCGAGACAGAGAAGCUGCGUGAGCAGCUCGAUCGCUUCGCUGUCAUUCGACGACCGCUGUGUUCCGAGCAGCAGGAGUAUCUCGACCGGCAAGUGAGCACGCUGGAAUGCCGGACCAUAGUGCAGGAUCUGCGGGAUAAGGUGAAGGCAGCAGUAUCCAACAGUGCUGGCUCGAAGUUGUCUUAUAUUGAUCGUGCCAAGUGGCUGUACAACAGUGGUGAGGUCGAGGAGCUUGUCAGCAAGCUCGCCGCUGAGACGGACCGGCUCUGGAAACUGCUCUUGACAGAGCAAGUUGUCAGCGUUCACGAGAAGUUGGCCAUAUUGCAGACUAUUGUAGCACAAGUCGGGCUGCAGACCUCCUCGGAAUCCUCAACGUUCGAUCGGAAUGGCAUCUUCACGCCUUACAAGACUUCCGGCAUUGCAUGGUACGGGCAAUUCCGAUGCAAGCCAGGUCAGGACGAUAAGUCGGCAUAUUUCAAAGACCGAAUAGCUUUAUCUGACGCGUCCUACCAUGGCCGAUGGGAUGAGGUCUACAGGCGACUUGAGCACGCGAAGACGACGCAUCGUCAGAACUGGGUCAAUUGCACCCGCUUCCUGAGCGAUGCCGAGCACAAGAGAGGCAAAUCCUCAAGUGGCUACACCGUCCUCCAUCAAGCAGCCUGGCACGGCAAAAAGUCUGCAGUCGAAGCAUUGCUGAAGGAGGGCGCGUGGCGUCUCUCCCGCACCAGCGGUUCCAACAACACACCCGAACAUAGUACGCCCCUCGACGUCGCCCGAGACCACAAAUGGGAGCACCUCUUCGAACCCCUCACACCCAUCAUCCGCCGACCUGUCAGUGCCAUCGUGCUCUGGAAACUUCAGCAGCACCUUCACGACCUCAUUCGGACCACCUUCGCCCCCAGGAGUGGCAGCAGCCUACCCGAGGACGCCGAGAAAGCUGACGAUGUACAUCUCGAGUGCUUCCACCUCCCACCACUAGACGUUCUAACUGAGUUCGAGAGCUCGAGACUGUGGUUCCCGCUGCAGCCGGAGCUGAAGGACACGAGGGAGGGGGCGGCGGUGCAUGUGUUUCUCGAGCGCAAUGAGCUCGUGGCGGUCAUGCGCUGGGGUCGCGGAGACGCUGAGAGGCGCACGUAUCGAAUCAGUACCAAGGGUGUGCAGGAGAUCGAACAGGCUAUGAUUCUGCGCUAG